CAACAAACCAACGGCGUGCCGCAGACCAAAAAUGCCUCCGAGUCUCCUAAAGGCAUUGGAUACCACACUGGCUCUAUCAGAGCAGUUUAGUUUAAAUCUUUCCUCUCCAAAUGCCUCUGAAUCCGCAUCUUGCAAUGCAAGCUGCUCCGACCCCCAGACUUCCCCGCUACCCCUCCUCUCCGCUGCCUCUCAUACCCUCAAAGCGCAGACAACGAAGCUGUCGCUACUCGCCAUUAAUGCACCAUUCACCCCGUCCGCAAUAAUCACCGUGCUCACAGACGUAAACGACGCUGUCCUUCCCUCCCUUACCACUGCAGCAUUGCUCUCUGUUCCCGAGAAGUACACACAGACCUUCUCCACUGAGGCCAAGGCGCUCGUUAAAGACGCGUUGCGCGAAUUAACUACCUUGAUACAGGGUAUCCGGGCCAUUGCGGUUUCUCAUGACAAGGACAAAGAGUUUACCUUGAGUGGGACGGACAAAAAUGGGAUUACCGCUGCAACGGCGAGGGUUUGGGAGGUAUGCGAUCAUAUCAUUAACUUUGCGUCGGAAGGUGUGGUUGGCCUGGUGGUCCGGAAAGCAAAGGAAUAUUUGGAAUUAGUCAAGGAUGGGAUACGUGAAUUGAAGGAAUGGGACCCGGAGGGGGAUUUGGAUGGCGACGAUGGUUUUUGGGUAGAGGAUUUUGGAGAUGAAGCACAUGGUGAGGCUAACGGUGGCGUGCUCGGGAAAGGCAAAGCCGCCAAGAGUGGUGAUGAGGAGGAGGAGCAUAUGGAGGAUGAAGAUAAAGACGAAAACGACGAAAACCAGCGCGCUAAACUUGAAGACGAAAAGAAAUGUCUUCUUCGUCUGCUCACGCUUGUUUCACAGCUAUACACCGCGAUCAUAUCGUACCGUUUGAAGAAUUUGGAUGAAAAGGCUAUCUUACCGAAAUUUUCUCCAAAGCUUGAUUCGGUUGCUUCUUGCCUGCAGGACCUGCCCAAUCUCGUGGAUGAAGCGGCCGGGUCGCUGUACGAACACAACCUCGAAUUCUCCGAUGCAUAUAGUCUUAGGUUACGGGAUCGAGCGUCUGAAGCUGUGGAUUUGCUAUGCGAGCCCUGGGUCCUUGGUGCAACGCUAGAACAGGGAGACCUAAGUCGAAGAGAAGACAAAUUUUCAAAGUGGGCAACUGUCUGGAUUAAAGUGGUCGAAGGUCUCGGAAACGACAGACUGCAACCAGAAGGAUAAAUAACUCGCGCGUCAAUGGUUGGUUCUCUGCUACGAAGAGGAGCACAGAUUUGCCAUUUGGCAACAGUUAUGCAUCCGAAACGAACACUGGGUUAAGAAUGUGGAAUUGGCUACGAGUUUCAAAAACAAACUACGUAGGAACGAAUUUUGAUAUGAUAUGGUCAACUUUGACCUGAGUGACCCAUUUCUCCUGGGACAUAAACACAUGAAGGACACUGAAAACUUCUGAAAUAUCACCGUGCAUAAGCAGCUUGGGAAACCAGAGAAGUAUUACAGAGCCGAGCAGUAUACGGAGUACAUACCCCAAUUAGGGUCGUUAUCAAUGUGGCGUUGCUAUAAUAGAAGGUGAGCAUUGUUACACGCAUGCACUUUGUUGGAUCUUUCGCAAGGAUGGUUAAAAAUGUCCCCUUUGCAAUGAAUGAAGGCAAGUGAAUUUUGGAACAUCACUCUGGCACACAGAAAUAGACUUUAAACCUGAUCUAUUCUGAAUGCAUCAUAAUAUUGCCCUGUGCUUCGCCGUUUAUGGUGUUGGGUUUUGCCCUUGGGCUUCUCUUUA